GCUGCCUGUGUAUAACAUAGCGUUGCAGCUGGCUUCAUUCUCUGCAACACAGUUAUUUGUCAAAGUUCAUUGACUUAUAAACUUCAAACUUUCAGGGAUCAGAAGACUUGCACUUCCCAAGAGCUUUCCUUUGCAAGUCUUUGCUUAAUAAGGACGCAUGAAUUCUGAGAUCAUGAAGGAAACUGCCUGCCUUGAAGCAUGCAAUCAACUUCAUGAGAUUGGUGCAUUGAGACAUAAUCUUCAAGAGAGGGGGAACGAACCUUAUAUUGAAAUGCAACCCAGUUAUUUCCCACCUGAACUGGUCGGUCAUGUUCCAAAGAAUUCGAAUAUAUUAUAUCAUUGCUACUUAAUGGAGCUGGAGCAGAAAUUUGAUAUUCCACUUCAUGAUAUUGUGCUUGUCCUGAGAAACAAGCUAGAAUCUGAACUUGAAAGCUUGCAUUUUGACUUGGAUGUUGACAGGGGUAGUUUGCCAGUGAACUUUAAAUAUGUAGGAGUGCUUAAUCUCAGCAAAGAUCAGGUCCAUUUGUGUACACGGUUUCAGAAAACUCUUUUAAGAGUUCUGAGAUUGAAAACUUUUAACGAGCGUAUGGAUGGAGAUAUUUUGGGAGCUGAGACUGAUUAUCUUUUGCUCCCAGCCUGUAACACCCCCUUCUCGUAG